AUGGGCCAUCUCAGAGAACGUCAUAAUGCAAAAGCGAGACAAUCAUCACGACCCACAAAACGUGCUAAACAUGCACAUCACACUUCCGAUAUUGCUUCUAAGAACAACAACGAUCCGGACCCGAAUUCUUUAAUCCAUGUGCCGAAGAGUGAGGAGCAGAAGAACCAGGAGCGUCGAGAGAGGCUACGUCAGGAAUUACUUGAGCAACAAGCCAAUUCAAAGGUAACCUCGAAGAAGAAACGACGACUCGAGAAAUACAUUGACAAGAAACUGAAGAAAGAAGAACGUGUACAAUUACUUGAGAAGCUAGCACAGACUCAAGCACAACUCCCAACUACCUUGCAUCUCCAGCCCUCAUCCACCCUUGGUUCUCGGAAAGUACAGACACAUGAAGAGUUACAGGCAAAGCAGGAGGACAAGGAAGUUCGCCGGAUAAUGGAGGGCAGAGGCAAAGGUGGACGACGGAAACGAAAUAUGUAUUCAGGAAUGGACGUGGAUACGGACGAAGACAGCGGAACUGAAGAAGACAACGAUAUGAGAAAAAACGAUGAAGGUAGUCGAGAUGCCGACAUGGAAAAGGAGCUACCAGGCAGCUCACCCGAGUCCCCUGUUAUCAUCUUCGAUGAGCCGGAAGAUGUACCGAAAAUUCUACCGCAAGUAACGGAUGCAGUAGGCAGUGCUCUGCGUAGGAACAAAGAUGGAACGUUACAGGAGCCAAAAGUUUUGAAACGUCAGCCUAAGGGCCCACGAACGGCAUUUAAAAGAUGGGGAGAUCGUUCACAUGCCCGAACCAAUGCCAAAGAGCCGGAUGCCUCGAGCGAGAGCUCCUUUGACAGUUCUGACUCCGCGUACGACUCAUCUGAACAUAAGGAAGAGAAUUCCGGAGACUCGGAUGGUGACAACGACGAUGAUGACAGCGGCAGUUCUGCUAGCGAAGAUGAUUCUAACGGUGAUACCAGUUCUGAAGAAGAACAAGGUGACUCGCCUCCGUCGUCAAAGCGCAAGCGGGGAGGAUUCAAGGACUGGGCAAUGCAGCAGCUUAGCGAGGCAAAAGGUUAUGUCGCGCUUCCCUCCAAGGACGAGGCCAAUGACGUGACAUUUCCUCUAUCGCGAGUUUCGGAGAAAACAAAUCGUGCGGCAGAUGAUGGUCCGCGCGAGAUGCGCGGCCCUCUUGGAGAAGAUAUACACCUUCCGGAUACAACUCUCGCUCAAGAACUCAAGCCGCCGACUAACAUAAUAGCAACUGAUGCCGACAAACAAGAAAAGGUUGCUCGAAAGUUUGUAACUGUCACUCGCUCGGACGCUAUACAAACAGCACGUCUCGAACUCCCUAUCUUGGCUGAAGAGCAGCCUAUUGUUGAAGCCAUUCGCAUGAAUCCCGUCAUCGUUCUAUGCGGUGAGACAGGCAGUGGAAAGACGACUCAGGUUCCGCAGUUCUUAUACGAAGCUGGAUUUGGCUGUCCAGGGAGUGAUAAUCCAGGAAUGAUAGGCAUAACUCAGCCUCGUCGGGUAGCCGCGAUGUCCAUGGCAGCGCGUGUUGGUCAAGAGUUGUCUCUUCCGCCGCCUCAAGUAGCAUAUCAAAUUCGCUACGACGCAACAACCUCGCCCAAGACUGUAAUUAAGUUCAUGACGGACGGGAUCUUGUUGCGUGAGCUUGCGAGCGACUUUACAUUAAGCAAAUAUUCGGUUGUUAUUGUGGACGAAGCACAUGAACGGAGCGUCAACACUGACAUCCUCAUCGGUGUGCUCAGCAGAGUUAUUCGCCUGCGUGAAGAGCUGUGGAAAGCCGGCAAAGACGGGGCGAAGCCUCUUCGCCUGAUAAUCAUGUCAGCUACACUUCGAGUAUCAGACUUUGCAGAAAAUCCGACGCUAUUUCCAACUCCGCCUCCAAUUUUACGCGUAGACGCUCGUCAGCAUCCUGUCGCGGUUCACUUCUCUAGAAGGACGUAUCCGGAUUACGUGACUGAAACCAUCAAGAAGGCGAGCAAGAUUCACGCUCGGCUUCCUCCAGGAGGCAUCCUCAUAUUCCUCACCAGCCAAAAUGAGAUCACAGGCGUGUGCAGGAAAUUGGCGUCGUGUUAUGGGAAGAGUGCGAUUAUGGCGCGGAAGAAGCGCCGAGGAGUGGCGUCUGUGCGUAGGACGAAGGAGGACGACAUACUGGACGACCAGUCGGAUGGUGGUCCAAAGGUCGCACCAGCAAUAGCUAGUGUUGAAGUUGAAGACUUGGAGCUCGGAGACUUCAAGCAAGACGAUGAGGCUAUUGACGAUGGAACUCCACCUAGAGAACUAGACCCUGAAGCUCUAGACACGGACGAGGAGGAUGAGGAAAAUAAAGCGUUGGGAAUCGACUUUGAAGACUCAGAAGCGCCCAUGCAUAUCCUACCUUUAUACUCCAUACUUCCAACGGAACAGCAAAUGCGUGUCUUUGAGCCUCCUCCAGAAGGAUCGAGGCUUGUUGUCGUUGCGACUAACGUCGCCGAGACUUCGUUGACCAUCCCUGGGAUACGCUAUGUAGUCGACUGCGGGCGGGCUAAAGAGCGAUGUUAUGACGUCUCAUCCGGCGUUCAAUCCUUCCGCGUAAACUGGAUAUCAAAAGCUUCCGCUAACCAAAGAGCCGGUCGCGCGGGUCGAACAGGUCCAGGACACUGUUACCGUCUAUACUCUUCCGCCCUCUUCGAAAAUCACUUCGACCAAUUCGCUCGUCCAGAAAUCCUCCAAAUGCCUAUCGAAGGUGUUGUACUUCAGAUGAAGAGCAUGCACAUCGAUACCAUUACGAACUUCCCGUUCCCUACUCCACCUGAUAGAACGAGCUUAAGAAAAGCUGAGGUUCUCUUGACACGUCUUGGUGCAUUGUCUCCGACCACCGCGAUUUCGCGUUCAUUGACGUCUUCUGCGGAUAAUCCGAUUACUGAGCUUGGGAAGACUAUGGCUCUUUUUCCAUUGUCACCGCGAUUUGCGAAGAUGCUUGUUAGUGGUCGUCAACAUGGUUGUUUGCCUUAUGUGAUCACGAUAGUUGCUGCUCUUUCUGUUGGAGAUCCCUUCCUCCAUGAAGAAGCACUGCAAACGAACGACUCUGUAAAUGACAACGAAGGCGACGAUGAGGUAUCUGUUGCUCGGAAUGGAGAGACGGAUGCGAAGGAAUUGAACAGGCUUCGCAGAAGGGCUUUCUUCAAGUCACAAGAGAUACAUUCAAAGAUGGGUAAAGGCUUAAGUGACGUCUUCCGAGACCUCUCUGUCGUCGGAGCGUGCGAAUACGCUGGUGGUGGUCAGCAAUUCUGCCGCGAGCAUUUCGUGCGACCAAAAGCUAUGGAAGAGAUACAUAAACUCCGCGCGCAGAUUAGUAGUAUCGUGUCUACCAAUUUCCCGGGUAUCGACACAGGCUUUGCGAGUAAACUUAAACCUCCAAGCGAUCUGCAGCUUAAAGUCCUGAGGCAACUCAUCUGCUCCGCCUUCAUCGACCAGGUUGCCGUACGGAAGGACUUAGUCCAGAGCACAGCGAUAUCCGGCAACAAAUACGCUUCUGCUCGGGGCGUACCCUAUCGUGCACUAGGAAUCGAGGAAGACGCUUUUAUUCAUCCUUCAUCAGUUCUCCACAAUAAAUCUCCUCCGGACUAUGUCAUUUUCCAAGAAGCGGUACAUUCUAGCAAGUUAUGGUUGAAGAACUUGACUGUCGUCAAUCCCGCGUGGCUAUCUGCUCUUGGGAAGGGAACAUUGUGCGCAUACAGCAAGCCAGCGAAGAACAGCUCAGGCGAGCUCAUGGUCAUUCCACGUUUUGGUCCUGAAGAUUGGGAGCUCCCCGCAAUUAAAGCGGAUUCUAUGCGUUAAGUUUAGAUUAAGUGUAAUUGCGAGAAACCGUGAAGCGAACAUGUUUGAAACUCCAGAGAUCCAAAUGUCAACAAAUCUAGUGUAGACAAGUACGAAAAAUUUGACUGCUGAUACAUUUUGUGCAGUUU